CCAUUUGCCUUGGCUUCCCCACCUUUUCGUUCUCCCCUCCUCUCUCUCUCUCUCUGCACCUCUAUGCGGCCACGUUUCACCCAAAGUACCUCUAAGUUCUUCGUUUCUUCUCUUAGCCAUAAUUUUGUGCGCAUUUUAAUUCUCCCAAAAAAAUCUUUAAAAAAGUCUCUUUUUUUAGUCUCCCAAAUGCCCCUUGUCUCUGAUCCUUGGACUCACGUCGGCAUCAGCGCCUCCAUUCUCUUUCUCUGCUUUCUUUCCUUCUCCGCUUCAACUGCUAAUUUGGGGAGCUCAUGUGGUCUCUAAUGGCAGUUUCUCUCUCCUUCCAUUUGCCUUAAUUCCUCUCUGUGUGCAUGCAGAUCCCAAGAAAGAGAGAGAAAUGGGAGGAAAAUAAACCCUAACUAAAGGAAAAGGAAAAGGGAACGCUCUCUCUCUUUUUCUCUCCUUUUCUCUUGUAUAUUUGCUUCCUGCCUCUCCGUUUCUCUCUCACCGGCUAGACUCCCUUUUCUGAGGGCCGAGGGAGAAAGAUCGAGUCUUUUCUUCUCCUUAUUCUUUACUUCUUCUUCUUUUUCUUUCCUUCUCUCUUGCUUCAGUUCUGAGCAGCGAGGAAGUGAGGGAGGGAGUAAAGUGGAGGAAAUGGUUGGGGUUGGGGUCGGGACGAGGUUGUUCACCAGUGUCAGCAUGGAAACCAGCUGCAGUGCUUUGCUUAGAGAGCUUCAGCAUAUGUGGGUGGAGAUAGGGGAGAGCGAAGCAGAUAAAGAGCGCAUGUUGUUGGAGAUUGAGAGGGAGUGCUUGGGAGUGUACCGGAGGAAGGUUGAUGAAGCCAGCAAGGCCAAGGCACAGCUCCAUCAGUCUGUGGCUGCCAAAGAAGCAGAGCUUGCAGCUCUCAUGGCUUCCCUUGGGGAACACACUCUCCAUUUGAAGAAAGACAAAAAACUGGGAUCAUUGAAGGAACAACUUGCUUCAGUAGCACCUUUGGUGGAAGAUCUGAGAGCAGAGAAGGAGGAACGGGUCAAGCAAUUUACUGAUAUACGAUCCCAGAUUGAGAAGAUCAGUGCUGAACUAAUAGAACAUAAUUAUCAGAAUGACACUUUGACUAGUCCUGUUUCUAUUGAAGAGCAUGAUUUGUCAAUGAGGAAGCUUAAUGAAUACCAAGCAAGGCUUCGGGCGCUCCAAAAGGAGAAGUCCGAUCGCCUUCAUAAGGUUCUGGAAUGUGUAAAUGAAGUGCAUUCUUUAUGUGGUGUUCUUGGACUGGACUUUAAAAAGACAGUGGAUGAAGUGCAUCCAAGUUUGCAUGAGACUGGUUCAGGGCAAUCCACAAGCAUUAGUAAUAACACACUGGAAGGUCUAGCCCAAGCUGUUUUGAAGUUAAAAGCAGAAAAGAAAGUUCGAGUCCAAAAGCUAAGGGAAACAGUGGAAUCACUGUUUGAACUUUGGAACUUGAUGGAUUCAUCUGAUCAAGAAAGGAAGCGCUUUGGAAGACUAACAUGCAUCAUUGGAUCACCAGAAGAGGACAUCACAUAUUCCUGUUUGCUUUCACAGGAAACAAUCGAACAGACAGAAGCUGAAGUGGAAAGGCUAAAAAAACUAAAAGCCAGCAGAAUGAAAGAACUCGUUCUGAAGAGAAGGUCAGAAUUGGAAGAAAUAUGCCGAAGAGCACACAUUGAGCCUGAUAUGACUACAGCACCUGAGAAAACUAAUGCAUUGAUAGACUCUGGUCUUGUCGAUCCUUCCGAACUUCUGGCCAAUAUUGAGGCACAAAUAGUGAAGGCAAAAGAAGAAGCUAUGAUCCGGAAAGAUAUGAUGGAUAGGAUAAGCAAAUGGCUUGCUGCUUGUGAUGAAGAAAGUUGGCUUGAAGAAUACAACCAAGACCAGAACAGGUACAGUGCUGGAAGAGGUGUCCAUUUGAAUCUAAAACGAGCAGAGAAGGCACGGAUCACUGUCAGCAAAAUUCCAGCCAUUGUGGAUAGUCUGAUAAACAGAACUUUCACCUGGGAGAAUGAGAGGAAUAUGCCAUUCAUGUAUGAUGGGGUUCGUUUAGUAUCUAUUCUUGAGGAGUAUAAACUUACCAGACAACAGAAAGAAGAGGAGAAAAGACGAUAUCGGGAUCAGAAGAAGCUACAAAAUCUACUUCUUACAGAGAAGGAAGCAAGAUUUGGGUCCAAACCAAGCCCAAGGAGCAACAGUUUUAAUAGAAAGCCAAAUGGGUAUCAUGUAAAUGGAAAUGGAUUCAUGACCCCCACUCCACGGCGGCUUUCUGUUGGUAGUGCCACCCCCGAACUCCUUACACCACGCUCGUAUUCUGGUCGUUACAAUGGAUACUUUAAGGAGACGAGGCGGUUGUCAACCACACCACUGAACUUUGUUUCUUUAUCAAAAGAUGAUACCUUGUCGACCUUCACAUCAGUCAGUGGUUCAGAACCAGAAUCUCCGCAACAACUCUAAAUCUGGACACUGGCUUAAAAAAAAAAAAAGAAACCUGAUCGUGGAUUCAUAAGUCAGACAACAGCAUGACUGGAAUGGAGGAGAUUCAGGCAUCCGAAUUUGUUAGGAGAAAUGCAUGCUAGCGUUUUACCAGUGUUGUUUUCUUAGGAUUUCGACUGGUGAGUGUUUACGGUAGAGAGAUAAUGCUUUAUAGGCUGAAAUUUUAUGGUGUAGAUAAAGAAACUAACUAGGAGGUGCUGACUGGGUUGCAUUAAAGAUUGGUUAGUUUGCUGAGAAUAGCAUUGUGAAACUGUGUUGGGUGCUGGGUCUUCAUGUACAUAAUGCGGUGGUGCUUGUGUGAACUACGUGUCUGUACCUUGUACAGCGUUUCAACGGGUAAUAUGUUGUUUGUUUGCAAGCAUCUGUUGGUGGUUGUUGUAUUGAUAAUUACAAACAUAUAUAAUCAUUCACGUGACGUUCUAGAUGGCA